GGUAUGUAUCGAGAACACGCGUUUCAGCCGUCGAGGUUUGGCGCAACGAUAGUGAGAAUGGUGAGGUACAGGUGGCGCACGGCAUCAAUAGUUGGCCGGCCCUCCUUGAACAGCUCAAUGGUCCAAUCCUGGAGAGAAGCGCAAUGAUUGAAGGUGAUGUUUUCCUGUAUCAGCAAAGGAAGCAUCGCAAUCGAGCAAUACCUCUCAUGAGCGCACCGUUGAAGAUUGCCGAUCGGAUAACAUUUAAAGAGUGGCUCAGGGAGGUGGCAAAAUUACGGAAAG